GCCUGUGUUUGCGAUAGCAGCAACCGCCUCCCUCUCCCUAGCACACUGCAAUAUCUGGUCUCAGAAAGCAGUCCCUGAAGUCGGGUGCUAAAGGGCUACCAGCGCACAUUACAGCCCCUACCUCUCUCCCUGACCUGCCUCCUCUACCUGUUCUCAACUUUUAUAGAGCAGAGAUAAACGUUACUCCUCAUUUCACUUUGAAACCUUCAAAGGAAGGGUUCCUUGAUGUCCAGCAAAUGAGUCAAGGUAUGCCUCACUGGGUAAAGUGUUGGUGCUCACUCCAAGGAAUGUACUUGAAGUCAUGGAAACAGCCAGAGGACCAAUUCGUUUCAGAGCCGCUACUCAUUAUCGAGAUUAACGAGCACAUGAUGCUGGAUCACGUACCAAGGACAUCAGUUCAGCGACCCAACAAUAUCCACAUUAGUUACUGCAAGGCACCCUAUGUUGAUCAUUUCCUUAGUACCGACACAAAGGAGGAUCGCAUUCUUUGGGAGAUCGUGUUACGUAAAGCAAUGAUAAACUCGAGCACAUGGCAUCCCAACAAGCUAAGUUCAGCUGAGAACCAAGGAACCUGCCCGUCCCCACUAAAGUCGCCUCCCCCUAAACCUCCUAGACCGGUUACAGGGCCCCAGUUCUGCUACACGCCUGAUAAUCCUUGUCUGCCUUCUUACCGAGCGCGGUAUGAGGCCGGAAGGAGCUCCAGGAAAGAUAAGCUGGUGGAUUGGACACCAGGGAAGCGAAGUAAGAGCGCAGAACGUAAACCCAAGACUCCAGCCACUCAUGAUACGCAGCGAUCUAGAGCUAACACGUGCAAGAAGCCGAACAGAAGAAGGUCGAGGUCUGUAGAAAUGACUCCCCUCCGCAUGACCGCCCCAAGUACUCCUAAUCCUCACAUUAUGGGAACUCCUAAAGAUCCUAAAGAUCGGGUGUCCGACGCUACGUACGUGUCCAUGCACAAGUUCAGCAGAGUAUCUGUGGAUAGUACCCCCAAACCUUCCAGAAACCCGCCCCGACCUCCAAGUCUCAGUAAUCUGCCCGGGUCUGCUAGCAAGAAAACUCCCGGAAGACCGUUAAGCAAGAUCAACGAGAGUUAUAGGACAGCGCUGAACAAGAACACUCCUCCCUCCGCCUCUUCUACAGGGAAGGGGUCCCCGUCCAAAGGAACUCCUCGCCGAUCACCAAGACAACAGAAGCUGCAAGCAGAUUUGAGCAAGAGAGAGAACAAGAAAAGAGCUCCUAUUCCACAAGGGACGAGUCCUCAGAAGAAUUGUAAUGUUCACGCCACCAGAUCUAAGAAGAGUCCAGCGCCGGAACCUCAGCGCAAAGUAAGAGUGCCCAGACAUAGUCAAGGUGGAACGAACAACCUCGACUCUCCUAACCGAUCAGAUCUCAAAAAUAAGGAGGGGCUCAUGAAUGUCUACAUCGGCGAGGAAUCGGACACAUCACUCUCUCCCUCGAUAAAGAUAUGCAACACACCUUCCAGCAGUGUCACCUCUACCCCAACCAGCUUCACCUUCGAUGUAGAGAACUACAUCGACGAAGCGUUCGGUUGCCUCCAAGCGGAGAGCACUGCCAUGACAAACGAUGUUACCCCUUCGUUCCACUCAGCAAGUGCAAGGAGAGCUGCCCCGAGGGCCCCGUCAACCCCUAAAACGCCAGCAGGGAGGACUCUAACUAAGACCCCUAAUAGGAAAGUGUCCAGAAACACGCCUCUCACCUCCACCAUGAAACAAGGAGCGCCUGAUUUCGACCUUCCAGGAGACGUAACCGCGAUUGACAGCGGAUCUAUGCGACGUAAAGCAAUGAAGGAGGUACUCGACAUCACCCCCAUCAUCGAAGAAGAGGAGGAAGAAAAAGAAGAUAGCAAAGAGCGAGGAGCAAGUAUCUUAGAUGGUUACUUUGACAGCUCUAUCGACAGCACUAUCGACGAGGAUGAGGACACUAAGGAGAACGAAACACCCUGUAAUAUGUCCGAUCUUUCUCCUAUCUAUGCAACUUCUCAAAAGAGGAGAUCUGAGUCUCCUGUAAAGGAGCACAACUCUCCUUCAAAACGUCUCGCUACAACUGGAAAAUCUCCUGCGACUCCUGCUUCAAGAAGUAGGAAGUCUCCUGCCACCAGAAGUAAGAUUUCUCCAGCAACACCUGCAUCCAGGAGUAGAAAAUCUCCUGCUUCAAGGAGUAGUAUGUCUCCUGCGACUCCUUCUUCAAGGAGUAAGAAGUCUCCUGCUGUGACAAGCAAAAGGAGCAGUCGAUCUCCUUUGGGUUGUUUGAAAGGAUCCAACACUACCUCUUUUAAGAAGGGUGAAAUGUCACCAGCUGACCCUGAUUUUAAUGGCAAAGAGAGCCCGAUAACCGUCCGACCGAAGCCUAAGUUUAAAGUGGUUAACGGAAAACUGAUGCCCAUAUCAUAAGGGCGUGUACAUGCCCAUAUUAGGACAAUAAAUGGCGCAGGAUUUAAUGGAAUCGUCAUUUGACUCCGUAUCGCUCGAAAUGAACUGGUGAAAGAAAUGAAACAGUUUGAAGAUGAUAAGGAACUCGCAUGGUACUUCUCCUCAGACACAUAGUAAAACAGUCUGCGAAUAUUUGAACAUCAUGAAAAAUAUCAAACAAAAUUCACGCCCAAAAAUGUACAAUCAGCAAUCAGAAUAUGUACAGGAUAUGCAUUUUUAUUUUUUUGAUUCAAUGAUAAUUGAUUUAUGAUAUGUCACGGAAAAUAUUAGCAUUUGAUUGGAUCUGGAUCUUUUUUUCAGGUUUUUAUUUCAUUAUUUUUAUGAAUACAAAGUGAAGCAGUUAAAUUCCCAGUUUCUUGAGAUACAGUUUUUGCAUGCAUUUAGCUUAGACUCAUCUGAUAGUGAUUAGUGAUUUAAAUCUUAAUUAAAAUGGGUACGAGAUCUUGUGAAACUCCCAUUUUUAAAGGUAUGUGAAUUUGUUCACUAAUUUUCACUGCAAUCAUUUCGCUGGAUUGUUUAGCCAAUGGUCAAAUUUUGAUCAUGUUUGGCAACGAUUUGAUCUAAUUUUUUGAAAAAAAUUUUCAGCACAGUUCAGUUUCAGAACUCAGACAAUAACUGAGACCAUUUUUUAAUUAAUCGUUUUCCAUGUCAAAAAUUAAAUUGGCAACCCGAUGCAAAAAGAGAAGACUCGUUUUUAUUUACAGGGUUAUUUUGUAAUUCCAAAAUUUUGCUGAAAACAUUUGUAUCGUUAA